AUGAUGACCAAUCUUAACAACAAACUCGUUGCCAUUACAGGAGCUUCAUCGGGAAUUGGUGCAGCCACAGCAAUUGCCCUUGCCGCCAAAGGUUACAAACUCUUGCUAUUGGCACGUCGUGUCCAUAUGCUUCAACAAUUACUAGAAGACCCAUCCAAUGCUUUAUCUUCUGAAAACACCCUCAUUGUUGAAUGUGAUGUUACCAACGUGGAUUCUCUGUCCAAUGCCGUUCAAUUAGCACAUGACAAAUUCCACCUUCCUAUUGACUGUCUAGUCAACAAUGCAGGUGUCAUGUUUUUACAACCGUUAGCAGAACAAUCUUUACAAAGACAACAACAAAUGAUCUCGACCAAUGUCAUGGGAGUUUUGAAUGGCAUUCAUGUCGUGUUGAAAGACAUGAUUGAAAAACAACAUGGAACCAUCAUUAAUAUUAGUUCCAUCGCUGGAAAGAAGAGCUUUUCCAAUCACGUUGCUUAUUGUGGUACAAAAUUCGCUGUCAGUGGAUUAACUGAAGCAUUACGAAGUGAAGUCAGUUCUUCAAAAGUGAGAGUCAUUGUCAUUGAGCCUGGUGUGACUCAAACCGAAUUGUUGGGACACAACGACACGGAGCAAGUCGAACCCUAUGAAGAAUGGAAGAAGACCAUGACAUUGGGAGUGUUGAAAGCUGAGGAUGUGGCAGCAGCAAUUUUAUUUGCCUAUGAAGCACCUCCUCAUGUAUGUGUGAGAGAGAUUGCAUUGGCUCCCACUGAACAGAAAGAUUAA